AUGGCAAACAUCACCUCCACACUCAAGCUCAACGACCACAACUUCCGCGAAUGGGGCAUCUACUUCCGCGUGAAGUACUGCCACAUCGAAGGAUACACGCGCGUCCGCAUCGCCUACGAAGCGCUGAUCCUCGUCCAGCGCCUAUCGGACGUGAGAGCCACAGAGACAGAGUCAAACCAAGUGCUCAAACUACUUGCCUUGAUGCCGUGGGAGUUCUGCCAUCUUGUCGAUCGCUUGUCGAACCUUCCCGACAGCGAACAAACCGUCGCCAAGACGAAGAUCGCGCUUGAAGCCGAGUGGAAGGCAGCCGUCCGGAACGGCGCCAUCAAGACACCACGCGGCCAAGCCAACGAAGACCGCGCCUUGUUCGUCGCUGGUGGCCGCGGCGCCAAGGAUGCAGUGGUCACGGACGUGGCCGAGGUCGCGGCGCGUCCCGAAGUGGCCAAGCCGAACGAAGCGACCGUUCCUCGGCCAAGGAAACCUGCCACUACUGUGGUAAAAAGGGCACUGGCAGUCUGA